AUGGGUGCGGAGAUACAGCCGAAGAAGCUUCUCGCCAGAGAAGAAGAAGCUGCUCACAAAGCGCGUUUCUACCAGAUUGUUCUCAGUUGGGACUUCUUCCGCAUUCUCCACGAGGCCCACAAACGAAAAGAGGAAAAGGAAAAGGAAAAGGAAAAGGGUGAGACUACAGAUGAGGACUUGCGAUUUCGAAAAGUCAAGGACAGUUAUACAGACGUUGAGGAUUAUAUCUCCACAUACGAGCCUCUUCUCUUCGAAGAAGUCAAGUCCUUGAUAAGCAAGGACAAGGACCAGUGGGGAGCAGGCAAGACAACAUGUGUGAAGGAGUGCAAACAAGACAAGGGGUUUCACAUUGUUACUGUUUGUGUUGACAUGGAUGAGGGCAUGGACAAAGAGAAAAGAGUGAAGAACAAUGAUCUUGUUCUAUUGUCGAAACCACUAUGGUCGAAAUCAAAGGUUCCAGAGGAAAACUAUGCAUUUGCAGUGGUGGAAGGUCAGACAAAAGAGUCUAUAAUGCUUAGAAUGUAUUUGGCCGGAGAAGUCAGAGAUUUGAAUACAGAUGUGAUUCAUGAUUGUCCAAGGCUGGCAAAGGUGCGGUCAUUGGUUACUUCUGAUGGCGAAGGAGAUAGGCUUUUUGACCUUUCAAAGAUUUGCAGUUUAUCUACUAUUACUUGUGAAUAUAUAGCUUUGCGGUCAAUUGGUUCUCUCCCGUUUAUGGAUUUGAUACUUGCACCUUCUGAGGAAAAUCUUGAUGCAGAAGCCCAAGCCUGGAAAGUUUCUGGACCACUUGAGGAAUAUAUAAAAGACAAUCUUAAUGAAUCUCAACAAAAAGCCAUACAGGUCGGUCUAUCACGUAAACCAUUUAUCCUGAUACAGGGUCCUCCAGGAACAGGAAAGACACAGACUAUCCUUGCGCUACUUAGUGCCAUUCUGCAUGCUAUUCCUGCAAGAGUUAAAGCCAGGGUUUCACUGCUAGACAUAAAGCAAAAGCCAAAGUCACGUAAUCAGGAGAAAUUCAAUCACUGGCGAAUAGCGUCUCCCUGGCUUAGUGGUAGCAAUCCUAGAGAGAAAACAAUGCCUGUUAAUGGCGAUGAUGGGUUUUUUCCAACGACUAGAAAUGAGUUUCAACCAGAAGUAGUCAGUUCUAUUCGUAAAUAUCGAUUAUGUGUCCUUGUCUGUGCUCCUUCAAACUCUGCACUCGAUGAGAUAGUAUUGCGUGUUAUGAACAACGGUGUGCGGGAUGAAAGUGACCGUUCAUAUAGUCCCAAAAUUGUGCGGAUUGGGCUCAAGCCACAUCAUUCUAUCCGACCUGUCUUCAUUAAUGAGCUGGUAGAAAGAAAGAAGAGAAGUAUGGGGGGUGCUAAACUAGAUGGAGAUGAUGCACUUAAAGCUGCAAUUUUGGAGGAGGCUGUAAUUGUUUUCUCGACCCUCAGUAGUAGUCAUCCAUCCCAUUUCAAACGGGAUCAUGGUUUUGAUGUUGUUAUAAUAGAUGAAGCUGCACAAGCAGUUGAACCAGCAACCCUUCUUCCAUUGACGAAUGGAUGCCAACAAGUAUUUCUGAUAGGUGACCCGGUUCAACUGCCGGCUACCGUAUCGUCUACCGUUGCUAGGAAAUUUGGGUAUGAAAGGAGUAUGUUCGAGAGAUUUCAGAGGGCUGGAUAUCCAGUGACCAUGCUCAAGAUGCAGUAUCGUAUGCAUCCAGAGAUCAGAAAAUUUCCUUCUGAAAAGUUUUAUGGAAGCUCAUUGGAAGAUGGUCCUAAUAUCAAAGAGCAGACAAAGCGUUCAUGGCAUGAGUAUCGCUGCUUCGGACCAUUUUGCUUCUUUGACUUGCAUGAAGGGAAAGAAGCCAUGUCUGAGGCAAGUGGAUCUUGGGUGAAUGCUGAUGAGGUUGAAUUUGUCUUGAACUUGUAUCACAAGUUGGUGAGCCGAUAUCCAGAGCUUAAAUCAAGUAAUUAUUUUGCAAUCAUAUCUCCUUACCGUGCACAAGUAGACCUCUUGAAAGAAUGUUUCAAAAGUACUUUCGGAGUAGACUCUGAGAAAGAAGUGGAAAUCACUACUCUUGAUGGUUGCCAGGGACGUGAAAAGGAUGUUGCAAUAUUUUCUUGUGUCAGGGCAAGCAAGAAAGGAGGCAUUGGGCAUGUGGAAAAUUUUCGGCGAAUGAAUGUUGGGAUUACUAGAGCAAAAGCAUCUGUCCUGGUGGUUGGAUCUGCGUCAACAUUGAAGAGGAACCAUUGGAAACGCCUAGUGGAAAGCGCCGAAGAGAGACAAUGCUUAAUUAAGGUAUCGAAGCCAUAUGCUGCGUUUUUCAGUGAUGAGAGUCUGGAAUCUAUGAGAACCGGGGAAGAAAUCAUGCCAAGCGGGGAGGUUCAAAAUGAUGAAUUAGAUUACAGCAUGCCUACUUACACUGUUGGGGAUGCUGAUGAAGGGCAGGGAGAUGAUAAUGGCUAUGGUGAUGGCGACGAGAUGGACGUGGAUGAUGGAGGUUUUGGAGAUGACUGA